AUGUCCUCCCGUUUCAUCUCAGCUGGCUCAAUAGAUGCCUCGAAAGGCCGAUCCCCUCCCAACUUCCACACCCAGCCGCCAUCCACCUUCCACUCUGAAGCUCGGCAGAAGGAGCGGGAAGAAGCUGCCCACCAACUCGAGCAAUCACGCCAGCAGUCGUCACGUUCGGGUAUUGGCGCUUCGGCAGAAGCAGAACCGCAGCGCUCUCUGUAUGAGGUGCUUCAGGCCAACAAAGCAGCCAAGCAGGCCGCCUUAGAGGAGGCGCGCAGGCUGAGGAAUCAGUUUCGCGCGCUGGAUAACGAUGAGGUCGAGUUCCUUGAAGGGAUUAGGGCUAGGGAGCGGGAGGAGAGUGAGAGGGUGAGGAAUGAGGUUGAAAGAGGGCUGGAGAAGUUUCGCGAGGAGAGGAGGAAGAGUAGUGGUAUCGUGGGUGCUGCUGGGGCUGGGAAUGAGGUCCUAGCGGAGGAGUUUGUGUUUCAGCGGAAGCGAAAGGCCGCUAGAGAAGGGGGAAAAAAGAAGAGAGCAAGGGUGCUUUUGGUGAAGAAAGUCGAUAAAGAUAAUGAAGAGAAGGAGGGGAAAGAAAGCAAGGAUCAGGAUAAGAACACUGCGAAGGGAAAUAAACCUACUGCAGAGGAUACGCCAGGUCCUGGUGAGAAAGUCAAGCCAGUAUCCAGAGGCUUGGCAACUGAGAAAACAGAGGUUGUCGAACAGACAUCCAAAGCAACAGCUCCAUUUGGGACAAAGCUAGCUGGCCUCCUUGUUGACUACGGAUCCGAUGAUGACGAGUAG